AUGAUAGCGCAACAAGACAGAGAUGAGACCAGACAGACGAAAACCCGCUCCGGCGCCGCUGCAGCUGCGCAGCAUUCGGCGGCGCGAGGAGUCGACGACCAGAGUGAAGAGCCCGUCGACGUCGAGGACCCGGACACCUUCUCCUACGCGCACAUCGCCGCUGUCGGGAAAACACUCGCCUACACGGCUUCUCUCGCCGGAAAAAGAAGUCUCGACGCCUUCAUCGCCCGGCUCUGCCAAGUCGACCUCGUUGCCAACUUCCAGGCCAACAGUCUCUUCUCCUACGCCUCGCGGCAGAUUCCUGCAUCGUCGCACACUAUCCUGUCAUCCACUCAGAGCGAAGCGCUCAUUCCAAUUACUUCGUCAACUACGGGCGCCGCCGCCGGCAAGGCAAUCAUUCCCAUCAAGGCAGUAGGCUUCGUCGCCGGCAUCACCAGCGCCGCGGGCGCGUUGAUAGCCAUUGGUUUAUUCAUUUUCUUCUGGAGGAGGCGACGGGCAGCGGCGGCCGCGGCGGCGGGAGGACGCGAGGGAGAGUAG